CACAGGGUACUGUCUGGCACUCUGUGGUAGCUUUCACAAUGGUAUAAGACAUCGAAACGCGAUCAAAACAUAACCUAUAAGUCAUUCGUUGCGUCUCGUUAUACAGUGGUGAUUUAAUCGAGUGAAAAUGUCCUUAAAAAGGAAACUAACGCAGGAUGAUCUGCGUAAGGCGAUGAGUGAACACAAGAAGAAAUUCGGUGUAGUUAAGAAGAUCGAUUCACCGUUGGCAAAGUACACAGAUUCAGGACAGCUUAUGUGCGUGUUAUGCAAGUCAGUUGUGCGGAGUGAAACAGUUUGGCCUGUUCACUUGAAUUCCAAGGCGCACAAGGAUAAUGUUGCGUUAGCGAAGAAGACUAAACUGGAACCAGAAAGCCCUGUAAUGACGCCUAAUGUUCAAACAUUCAAAAGACCACCUUCUCCAUCACAAAACACCUCCGUGAAUAAAAAGAUAAAAGGAAUAUUGAAAAACUCCAGCCAGUCCGUAGUACAAGCCAAAUCAAAUUUACCAGCAGAUUUUUUUGAUGAUAAUUUGAAGCAAGUUAACGGUGCGUCUGCCCUAAUGCAAAAGUUAGAGAGCAAAGAGAGAGACAGCACAGUUCAUACUAUGGAUACACAACAUGUGGAGGAGGAGGAAAAAGAGAAAGAAAAAGAAAAAGUAAAGGAUACGAAUCUAGCUACUCUUCCAGAGGGGUUUUUUGACGACCCAGUAAUGGAUGCUAAGGUUCGUAACGUUGAAUACAAAGAUCCUAUUGAAGAAGAAUGGGAGAAAUUUCAAAAAGAAAUUAAGGAAGAGACUGCGCAAUCUGCACAGAUUAUAGCUGAUGAUCAGGAGGAAGCCACAACAGAAAGGCAAUUGGACGAAAUUGAGGAACAAAUUAGGCAUUGGUCUAGGGUAAUGGAUCUCGCAAAGCGUAUGGAACAAGUCCAAGGAACCGAUAGAAAGCAGGAAAAUAUCGAUGAUGGUGCAUCAAGCGGUGACGAAGCCGAGUUUGACGAGUUUCUGGAUUGGCGAGCAAAGAAUUCGUAUAAAUGAAAAAUUUUAUGUAUGUAACAAUUUUGUAAAUAUUUUUCUUUAUCCUUUUUAGCCGAAGAACUAUUUGUAUAAAGUGAUCAGUUUUUUUCUUAA